UGGCAAUUACUUUGUUGAUAUUUAUAUUGCGGAUUACUAGUGCCUUUUUUAAUUUUUAUUUUUUAUUUUUCUUUUUCUUGAGCAUUGAACUGGUCAGCAAAAAUGGGUGUCCUGCCUACUGAGAUUUCGAUAUCUUUUUCCAAGAGACACCUCUCCGGGUGGUGGUGACACAUAUUAUUAUUAUAAUAACUUGUGCUUACUUUAUUGAAUUUAGAUGAUUAUUCCUAAUUUUUUUCCCUCAUUUUUUGCUUUUUUAUAAUGGGCACUAUCGUGUGAUUCCAGCUUUGUUUGUUGAACAGUGUUAAGGGGAAACGAAAAAAAUUUCUGCUUUGAAGGUCAAGCAUGUGAUCUGCAAUCACUGAGUUUUGUUUUGUCCUCUCACACUAUUAUUGAGCAGAUCUUUUUUCACUGGGUCUGAGCUAUCUCCCCGAUUUUAUUCUGGGUUUUUGUUUUUUUUUUCUUUUUUUACUUCUUCACAUGAGUGGAAUAGAACAAUUAAUCUGUCAUAUUUAGGUGAUUAUUGGUCGAGUUUGAUGUUUUGGGAAUUUCACAAAGUGUUUUUGUGAUAUCAUAUUGAAAUAAAAAUCGAUUCUUGAAGGGAAGAGAGAGUAUUGUGGUAGUUUUGAAAAGGGGAAAAAGCUCAUAUUUGAUAUAUUUGACUUGUUUUCUGAAAUGGGCUCCGGUAAUUCUUUGUGAUUAUUGGUGGGCUUUCAUGCUAUUGAGCUGCAAGUGAGGAUUGUUCUGAAAAAAAAUUGGGUGUUUUUUCUUGUUUUUUUAUUUGGGGGAAAAUUUUGGAUGAUAUUUUUGUGUCUGUAGAAGAUGGGAUUGGUUGAUGAUGGCAUAAAGGCUGAGACUUGGGAUGUGAAGAAAUCAAAAGGGAGAAAGAAAAAAGAUAAAAUUGAUGUUGAUGCUGAUGAUGAAACUUUGGCCACUGGUUGUUGGUUAAAAUUGAGGUUUAUUGGCAGCUGUAUAUCUUCAAGAUCUAAAGUUGAUAACUCUGUUAGUGGCAUCAGUACUCAUGAAAUUAAAUCCACAAACAAUACAAACCGAGAUCAACCGGCCUCGAAUGUAAUCUCAUCCACAACUUCCACAAGCAACCCCGAAAGCAUAUCUUCGAGCACUAAACUAGAAGAAGAACUUAAAGUCUCUUCUAGACUGAGAAAAUUUGCAUUUAAUGAUCUUAAGCUUGCAACAAGGAAUUUCAGACCCGAAUCACUUCUUGGGGAAGGGGGUUUCGGUUGCGUUUUCAAAGGGUGGAUUGAAGAAAACGGGACAGCUCCCGUUAAACCAGGAACGGGACUUACGGUGGCCGUAAAAACACUUAAUCACGACGGGCUUCAGGGCCACAAAGAAUGGAUGGCUGAAGUGAAUUUUUUGGGUGACCUUAUCCAUCCAAAUUUGGUUAAAUUAAUUGGCUACUGUAUUGAAGAUGAUCAGAGGCUACUAGUGUACGAGUUCAUGCCGAGAGGAAGCUUGGAGAACCACUUAUUCAGAAGGUCUCUUCCACUUCCAUGGUCGAUCAGGAUGAAAAUAGCUCUUGGGGCCGCAAAAGGGCUUGCUUUUCUACACGAGGAAGCUGAAAGACCCUUAAUUUAUCGGGAUUUUAAGACAUCUAAUAUCUUGUUAGAUGCUGAAUAUAAUGCGAAGCUUUCCGAUUUUGGACUUGCUAAAGAUGCUCCUGACGAAGGUAAAUCUCAUGUUUCGACACGAGUCAUGGGAACUUACGGUUACGCAGCUCCAGAAUACGUCAUGACAGGCCACCUCACAUCGAAAAGCGAUGUGUACAGCUUCGGUGUCGUCCUCCUCGAGAUGAUAACGGGCCGGAGGUCCAUGGACAAGAACCGGCCCAAUGGUGAACACAACCUCGUCGAGUGGGCCCGCCCCAAUUUGGUUGACCAGAGGCGAUUCUAUCGCCUUAUAGACCCUCGGCUCGAAGGCCACUUCUCGAUCAAGGGGGCCCAAAAGGCUGCACAGCUGGCGGCUCGCUGCCUCAACCGGGACUCAAAAGUCAGGCCUUUGAUGAGUGAAGUUGUCGAGGCUCUAAAGCCAUUGCCGGGCCUGAAGGACAUGGCCAGCUCAUCAUACUAUUUUCAGACUAUGCAGGCGGAUCGGGCCGCCAUAAGCCCAAAUGGAAAGAGUGGGCUUCGGGCCCAAGGAUCAUUGUCUAGGGAUGGGCAGCAGUUGAGGAAUCUCUCGAUACCUCAGGCUGCCUCGCCGUUUAAUCAGUUUGCGCAAAGUUCGCCUAAACCGAAGAGUAAACAAUAGGGUAUUUUUUUUUUUUU